AUGACCGGGCUUUUCUUCGGCUACUGCGGGUUUAAGGUCGUUAAGAGUUCCACAAUCCCAGAUCGGCUCAUUGUGGCAGAUCUUCUCCUGGCCAUUUUAGCCAACCAAGCUGGGGGGGUUGGACUGAAGAGAUGGAUCUUGGCCUUCGUGCAGGAGCAGCUGCCCGGCGAAUUGACCGCAGAUCAAGUGAAGCGAAUCGUGGCCCUCUCGGCAAAGAGGGGUCUCAGGGUUGAGCUGCGAUGUUGGGCCCUUGUCCUCCUGCGCGAGCGACAAUGCACGGCUUUGCUUGCGGAGCACUGGGCCCAGGUUCUGGCACUUCUCGCUCCUCCAGUCUGCGAAGUGCAGCAGCAAGCCUUAUGUCUCUUAGAUCAGAAGAUGCCUGAGGAAGUGAUCGCUGAGCUGUCCGGCAAGCAUCGUGAAAAGAAGAAGAUGCCGGACGAGCUGAUCGCCGAGUUGUCCUCCGGGCGCUGUGCGACGCUACGAACACUCCUCCAGAGUCCAGGGUACGAGGUCCAACAGCAAGUUCUCAACCUUCUAGAGAAGCCGAUGUCGCACAAACUGAUUAUCGAGCUAUCCGGGCAUCGUUGGGAGCCGGUUCUUGAACUGCUUGCCAGCCGAAGCUUCGAGGUGCGACAGUCAGCACUGGAUCUUUUGAAGAAGAGGAUGCCGAAAGAGCUGAUCGCGGAGCAGUUCAGCAAAUUUCAUGUGGUUUUGCGCGAUGCGGAUUCAAGAAUCAGUGCUUCAAGCCGUCGUAUGUUGGAAGAGGAGAUCUCGAACGAAGUCCUCGCCCAGCACUUCCAGACGAUCGCACCAUCGCUUCUGGCGGACUCCAAGCUGCAGCCGUGGUCUUUUGAGUUCCUGAGAGGGCGGAUCUCCGAAAGGCACAUUCCUGAACUCAUCGAUGUGAUCAUCAACAUCCUUUCUCGCGUGGAAGCAGCUUGGAGCAGGAAGGGGACGGACCCCCUGUUGGGCUUCGCGGAGGAGCAGCUGCCCGGCGAAUUGACCGCAGAUCAAGUGAAGCGAAUCGUGGCCCUCUCGGCAAAGAGGGGUCUCAGGGUUGAGCUGCGAUGUUGGGCCCUUGUCCUCCUGCGCGAGCGACAAUGCACGGCUUUGCUUGCGGAGCACUGGGCCCAGGUUCUGGCACUUCUCGCUCCUCCAGUCUGCGAAGUGCAGCAGCAAGCCUUAUGUCUCUUAGAUCAGAAGAUGCCUGAGGAAGUGAUCGCUGAGCUGUCCGGCAAGCAUCGUGAAAAGAAGAAGAUGCCGGACGAGCUGAUCGCCGAGUUGUCCUCCGGGCGCUGUGCGACGCUACGAACACUCCUCCAGAGUCCAGGGUACGAGGUCCAACAGCAAGUUCUCAACCUUCUAGAGAAGCCGAUGUCGCACAAACUGAUUAUCGAGCUAUCCGGGCAUCGUUGGGAGCCGGUUCUUGAACUGCUUGCCAGCCGAAGCUUCGAGGUGCGACAGUCAGCACUGGAUCUUUUGAAGAAGAGGAUGCCGAAAGAGCUGAUCGCGGAGCAGUUCAGCAAAUUUCAUGUGGUUUUGCGCGAUGCGGAUUCAAGAAUCAGUGCUUCAAGCCGUCGUAUGUUGGAAGAGGAGAUCUCGAACGAAGUCCUCGCCCAGCACUUCCAGACGAUCGCACCAUCGCUUCUGGCGGACUCCAAGCUGCAGCCGUGGUCUUUUGAGUUCCUGAGAGGGCGGAUCUCCGAAAGGCACAUUCCUGAACUCAUCGAUGUGAUCAUCAACAUCCUUUCUCGCGUGGAAGCAGCUUGGAGCAGGAAGGGGACGGACCCCCUGUUGGGCUUCGCGGAGGAGCAGCUGCCCGGCGAAUUGACCGCAGAUCAAGUGAAGCGAAUCGUGGCCCUCUCGGCAAAGAGUGGUCUCAGGGUUGAGCUGCGAUGUUGGGCGCUUGUCCUCCUGAAUGACCGAACCUGCACGGCUUCGCUUGCGGAGCACUGCGCCCAGGUUCUGGCACUUCUCGCCGCUCCAGUCUGCGAAGUGCAGCAGCAAGCCUUAUAUCUCUUAGAUCAGAAGAUGCCUGAGGAGGUAAUCGCUGAGAUGUCCGGCAAGCAUCGUGAAAAGGUCGUUGACUGUCUCCGCAGUCCAGACGGUUUGGUACAGCAGAGAGCCCUGGGGCUUUUGGAGAAGAAGAUGCCGGACGAGCUGAUCGCCGAGUUGUCCUCCGGGCGCGGUGCGACGCUACGAACGCUCCUCCAGAGUCCAGGGUACGAGGUCCAACAGCAAGUUCUCAACCUUCUAGAGAAGCCGAUGUCGCACAAACUGAUUAUCGAGCUAUCCGGGCAUCGUUGGGAGCCGGUUCUUGAACUGCUUGCCAGCCGAAGCUUCGAGGUGCGACAGUCAGCACUGGAUCUUUUGAAGAAGAGGAUGCCGAAAGAGCUGAUCGCGGAGCAGUUCAGCAAAUUUCAUGUGGUUUUGCGCGAUGCGGAUUCAAGAAUCAGUGCUUCAAGCCGUCGUAUGUUGGAAGAGGAGAUCUCGAACGAAGUCCUCGCCCAGCACUUCCAGACGAUCGCACCAUCGCUUCUGGCGGACUCCAAGCUGCAGCCGUGGUCUUUUGAGUUCCUGAGAGGGCGGAUCUCCGAAAGGCACAUUCCUGAACUCAUCGAUGUGAUCAUCAACAUCCUUUCUCGCGUGGAAGCAGCUUGGAGCAGGAAGGGGACGGACCCCCUGUUGGGCUUCGCGGAGGAGCAGCUGCCCGGCGAAUUGACUGCAGAUCAAGCAGAUCGGAUUUUGGCCGUCUCGGCAAAGAGUGGUCUCAGGGUUGAGCUGCGAUGUUGGGCGCUUGUCCUCCUGAAUGACCGAACCUGCACGGCUUCGCUUGCGGAGCACUGCGCUCAGGUUCUGGCACUUCUCGCCGCUCCAGUCUGCGAAGUGCAGCAGCAAGCCUUAUAUCUCUUAGAUCAGAAGAUGCCUGAGGAGGUAAUCGCUGAGAUGUCCGGCAAGCAUCGUGAAAAGGUCUUUGACUGUCUCCGCAGUCCAGACGGUUUGGUACAGCAGAGAGCCCUGGGGCUUUUGGAGAAGAAGAUGCCGGACGAGCUGAUCGCCGAGUUGUCCUCCGGGCGCUGUGCGACGCUACGAACACUCCUCCAGAGUCCAGGGUACGAGGUCCAACAGCAAGUUCUCAACCUUCUAGAGAAGCCGAUGUCGCACAAACUGAUUAUCGAGCUAUCCGGGCAUCGUUGGGAGCCGGUUCUUGAACUGCUUGCCAGCCGAAGCUUCGAGGUGCGACAGUCAGCACUGGAUCUUUUGAAGAAGAGGAUGCCGAAAGAGCUGAUCGCGGAGCAGUUCAGCAAAUUUCAUGUGGUUUUGCGCGAUGCGGAUUCAAGAAUCAGUGCUUCAAGCCGUCGUAUGUUGGAAGAGGAGAUCUCGAACGAAGUCCUCGCCCAGCACUUCCAGACGAUCGCACCAUCGCUUCUGGCGGACUCGAAGCUGCAGCCGUGGUCUUUUGAGUUCCUGAGAGGGCGGAUCUCCGAAAGGCACAUUCCUGAACUCAUCGAUGUGAUCAUCAACAUCCUUUCUCGCGUGGAAGCAGCUUGGAGCAGGAAGGGGACGGACCCCCUGUUGGGCUUCGCGGAGGAGCAGCUGCCCGGCGAAUUGACCGCAGAUCAAGUGAAGCGAAUCGUGGCCCUCUCGGCAAAGAGUGGUCUCAGGGUUGAGCUGCGAUGUUGGGCGCUUGUCCUCCUGAAUGACCGAACCUGCACGGCUUCGCUUGCGGAGCACUGGACCCAGGUUCUGGCACUUCUCGCCAUUCCAGUCCGUGAAGUGCAGCAGCUGGGUCUAAGCCUGCUACAGAAGAAGAUGCCGCUUAAGCUAAUCUCUGAGCUGUCCUGGGCAAGCUGGGAGCCUGUUCUGGGACUUCUGGCGACUCCGAAGUUUGAGGUCGUCCAACAGUCUGCUCUGCUUUUUUUGGAGAAGAUACCGAAAGAGUUGAUCGCACAGCAGUUCAACAAAUUCCUUGUGGUUUUGCGGCAUGCGGAUUCAAGAAUCAGGAGUUCAAGCCGUCGUAUGUUGGAGGAGAAGAUCUCGAACGAAGUCCUCGCCCAGCACUUCCAGACGAUUGCUCCAGUGCUUCUGGCGGACUCGAAGCUGCAGCCGUGGUCGUUCGUUUUUGUUAAGGAGCGUCUCCCAACAGAGCAUUCGCGGCAGGUCGCGGCUUUGCUGCAAAAGGCCGGCCACCUCAAUGAUUUUGAGGAGAUGUCGCAAAUUCUUCUGAAGCAUAGACUACCGCUGAACGGCCUGGAUGAGCUCUUGUGCAAGCUACCGUUCUCUUGCCUGCUUUUGGAAAUGCCGAGAGGGACUGUAGCCGGUUGGCGAGAUGCAAAGGGUAAUUCCUGGCUGCACUUGGCAGCUGAAGCAGGGCACCUGGAGGCCUGCGAGGCUUUGGUGGACAAGAUUGGACUCCCCUUGCGCCAGAAGAACAAAGCUGGCGACGAGCCGCUGGCCCUCGCGGCGAGUCGUGAAGUGGAUCGGUUCUUGCGCAGCAGGAUGCACUAUCGUGAGACCCGCUUCGGCUACGGGAAUGUGUUCCAAGAGAUGAUGCAAGAUGACAGGCCGGUGUCUGAGGUCAUUUGGUACACGGUGCCGCUCGCUGGCAUGGCCGGCCGUUGUGGAGGCCUUCACUCCUUCCUGGUCGUCACUGUCUCCGAUGCACGUCUGGGAUCGAAGAGCUACGUUCUAGAGAAAGCCGGGUCCGAAGGACGGGAGUCCCAUCAGAAGCACGGCGUCUUCAUCGGGAACCAAGAUCUAGGCAGCAACUUGAAGAGUGUGGAUGGACAAAAGAAGAAAAAGCAGCUGGAGCUUCGCCAAGGAUGCCUUCGGAGCGGGCUUAAGAUGAAGGAGCUCUAUGAGGUGGCCCAUGGCACGGGUCCAUAUGAUCUUGCAACUUCGAACUGCCAUCAUGCCGUCCAGAAAGUCUUCAACUUCUGCUGUGCCAGGGAAGAAGCAGCCCGCUCUGGCUCAGAAGGCUCGAAUUCUGAUGUAGCCUCAGCCAAUUCGGAACUGGCCUCAAGCCACCAGUCUCUGGAUUCCCCGAGUGGCUUCGGAGUCCCAGUUGACCUCCGCUCCACUGGCUUCGCGGAAACGGCUGCUGCCCUGAGCUUGGCUAUUUACGAGCAGGAUCCUGCGAUCGUCUUGAGACCAACGGAGGCAGGAGUUGUGUCCAUCCGCAACAACUUGGGCAGACCCGUGAUUUUGUACGACCACAACGGCAGGACCCGCCAUAGGGUGGAAGCUGGGGAAGUGUUGCGUAUUGCAGGGUCUGGUGCCGAGAAGACCCUCGUCGAUAUUUAUGAUGCGGCAUGGGCUCCGAGGCUCUAUCCCCGAGGUCUGGCCCAGAGGCAAGCUGUAUGGAGGGGCCACAGGUACAACAUGUCCACAGGCUUCCGGGACGAUGUCGUGCUGCAGGAGGUAGGGGCAGCUGUGCCCAAACAUCCGGUAGACGUGCUUCAUGCCACGCAGAAGAGUGGCACCGACAGUCCCGUGCAGUGGCUCCUGGCCAGAUCGGGCUCCGUGCUCUACGUCGCCUUCCGAGGGACGGAUGAUGUGCAAGAUGCUGCGAUUGACCUCAGUGCCGUGCCAGACUACAGCCGAUUCAAAGAGCACGGCAUCGGGGUGCACAGUGGCAUUGCAAAUGCUCUCGAGCAGGAGGGAGAUGGAAUUGGUCAUGUUGUGAACGAUGUUCUGCAGGCUUUGCAGGAGCACCUGCAACAAGGAGAACAGCUGAUCCUUUGCGGCCACUCGCUCGGGGGAGGCUAUGCCCAGGUGAUGGCUGUCCACUUGUUGAGUCGGAAUGUGGAAGUCGCGGCUGUGCGGACCUUCGGCACGCCGCACGUGCUGGUGCCUCCCUCCAGGCAGGAAGAUCGUACAACACUCUGGUGCACGCUGGAUUCAAUCUCGCGGCAUUGGGUGCACGACUGGGACCCCGUCCCCAGGCUUCCUCUCUGCAAGGCCUGGCUGACCGAUGUGCUGCCGAAGCUGAAGACAGAGAUCAUCACAGGGCUCAGAGUCGGAAUUGCACGGAAGUACAUCCAAGCACUCCACCAGCACUGCAAUGACACCAGGGCCAAGCUACUGGAGCGCUACGAUGUCGUGGGCGAGAUCGUGCUGGUCAGCAAGGCGACGAGUGUGGCCCUCCGUGCGAGCGAGGGUUCGGCAGCUUUGAAAGAGUUGCUCGGCGAGAAACCUCCCGAGUCAGUUAUGACUCCGAGCAAGCUCUUCGCUUACCAUGGCAUGGAGGUCUACCUGCACAUCGCUCGCAAACUGGAGGGCUUGCUCUGGGUGGUUCCAAGCCAGGCUCAGUCUGGGCGAUCUGAUGCCAGCUGCUUCAGCGGGUCCGCCUCCUACAACGCGCUAACGCCCAUGUUGGUGAUCUUCCUUCCUCCGGCUACAUCCAGGGGCGAUUCUUGGGCAAGGCUCACUUUGGAUGACAUCUUCCGCCAUCCGGUCCAUGUCCAGCCAGGCACCAUGCCUGGCCAGUUUGCAGAACUCAGCCGUCCCUUCUGUGGCUCGCCGGGCGAGGCAGAAGAAGAGUGCAUGGAAGAUCUCGCCGGCUGUGCUCGUCUGGUUGGCGGGUUCCGCGAACAUGUUUGCGGUCUCUGCGACUGUGUUUGUCUGGUUUCUGCGAGUUUGUUUGUCUGCUGUUGCGGCCACAAGUUUUGGAGUUCGAGAGUUGUGGCUGACCGUCUCUUGGCCAUCCUCGCCGACAGAGUUUGGGGUGUGAGAUUGAACAGGCACAUCUUGAAGUCCGUGAAGGACCACUUGCCCAGCUGCUUGAGUGCAGACCACAUCGCUCUGAUCGCGAAGCUCCUGGAGAAUGUCAAUGAAGAGGUGAGAUUCCGGACUCUGGAUCUCCUUUCUGAGUCUGAGCACAGGCUGUCAGAGUUCUCAAUGGACCUUUGGUUGCUCGUUUUGAGACUUGUCACCAGUCGACGCAAGGAGGUUCAACUGUCAGCCGUGCGGCUCUUGGUGGCGAAAAUGCCAAACGAGCUUUUGGUGAAGGACUUCGACAAGUUCCAUAGCGUCUUGCGCCAUGCAAAUUCAACGAUCAGAGCUGUCAGCCGUCGUUUGGUCGAGGAGAAAAUCUCGAGGGAGGUCCUCGCUCUACACUUGGAGAAGAUCGUGCCUGUGCUUCGGACGGACUCGGAGUUGCAGCCGUGGUCGUUCGGUUUUCACAAAGAUCGUCUCCCAAGAGGGGAUUAUCAGCACAUUGCGGCGCUGCAAGAUGAACACUCAAGGAACUCUGGGGACACUAGGCGACCCGUCGAGCAUAACUUGAACGAGCUUUUUCUGCAACGUUGCCUGCUCCUGCAAUUGCCAAGAGAUCGCGUUGCCAGCUGGCGAGAUAGAGCGGGCAACACCUGGCUGCACGUGGCCGCCGAAGCAGGGAAUUUGGAGGCCUGCGAGGCUUUGGUGGACUGGGUGGGCCUCCCCUUGCGCGAGAAGAACAAAGCUGGCGACGAGCCGCUGGCCCUCGCGGCGAGUCGCGACGUGGAUCGGUUCUUGCGCAGCAGGAUGCACUUCCGGGAGACCCGCUUCGGCUACGGGAAUGCUUUCGAGGAGAUGAUGCAAGAUGGAGCGAAGAGCUACGUGCUGGAGAAGGUGGGGUCCCAUGGAAGGGAGGCCCAUCAGAAGCACGGCAUCUUCAUCGGGAACCAAGAUCUUGGCAGCAACUUGAGGAGUGUGGAUGGCCUUAACAUGUACAAGCGGCUGGAGCUCAGUGGAGGAAGCCUUCGGAGACGCUUGAAGAUGAAGGGGCUCUAUGAAGAAGCUCACAGCACUGGCCCGUAUGAUCUUGCAUCUUCCAAUUGCCAUCAUGCUGUUCAGAAAAGAAGAGGACAGGGGUGUGCACCCGCCAAACGAAUUGUUGGCAAAGCUCGGGUCGAUGUCCUGUUCAACUCGGCCCGUUCCGGCUCACAAGGCUCGAAUUCCGAUGUUGCUUCAGCGAAUUCGGAAGUGGUCUCCCGCGGCCACAAUAUUAAUUCACCGAGUGGCUUCGGAGUUCCCGUUGAUCUUCGCUGCAGUGGCUUUGGAGGAACGGCCGCUUUGCUGAGCCAUGCAGUGUACGAGGAGGAUGCUGCGAUUCUGUUGAGGCGACCAGAAGCAGGCACUGUGUCUAUCCGCAACAAGUUGGCCAGACCCGUGCUGGUGUACGACCACAACAGCAGGACCCGUCACAGAGUGCAGGCUGGCGCGGCGUUGACCAUUGCAGGCUGUGCCAUGUUGUUGAAUGGCUUCCGGCCCUAUCCUUGGCGACUUCUGGCAAAGCGGCAAACUGUAUGGAGAGGCCACAGGUACAACAUGUCGGCAGGUUUCCGUGACGAUGUAGUGUUGCAGGAGGUGGCAGCAGCUGUGGCAGUCGCAGAGCCGGUAGAUGUGCUUCAUGCCACCUCGAAGAGAGGCAGCGACAGUCCGGUGCAGUGGAUCCUGGCCAGAUCGGGCUCAGUGCUCUACGUCGCCUUCCGAGGGACGGAUGAUGUGCAAGAUGCUGCGAUUGACCUCUGCGCUGUGCCAGACUGCACAAGACUCGGAGAGCACGGAAUCGGGGUGCACAGUGGGAUCGCCCACGCCUUGGAGCAGAGGGGCGACAAUACGUUUCAUGUUUUGAAUGAUGUUCAUGAGGCCUUGCAAGUGCACCGUCAACACGGAGAGCGGCUGAUCCUCUGCGGCCACUCAUUGGGUGGCGGCUACGCCCAAGUGAUGGCGGUUCAUUUGUUGAGUCGGAAAGUGGAUGUCGCGGCUGUGCAGACCUUCGGCGCGCCACAUGUGCUGGUGCCUCCUUCGUCCAAGCAGGAAGAUCAUCCAACACUCCUCUGGUGGACGUUGAACUCGAUCACACAGCAUUGGGUGCACGACUGGGACCCUGUUCCCAGGCUCCCUCUCUGCAAGGCCUGGCUGACCGGUGUCUUGCCGAAGCUGAAGCAGGAGGUCGUCAGAGGGCUCAGAGUCGGAAUCGCGCGGAAGUACAUCCAAGCACUCCACCAGCACUGCAAUGACACCAGGGCCAAGCUACUGGAGCACUACGAUGUCGUGGGCGAGAUCGUGCUGGUCAGCAAGGCGACGAGUGUGGCUUUCCGUGCGAGCAAGGGUUCGGCAGCUUUGAAAGAGUUGCUUUGCGAGAAACCUCCCGAGUCAGUUAUGACUCCGAGCAAGCUCUUUGCGUACCACAGCAUGGAGGACUACCUGCACAUCGCUCACAAACUGACGGCCUCAUGA